UAUAAGUUCCAUUUUCCCCCAUAGUUGUGUCUUCUUGUCCUAACCACGCUCUUCAAUAAAGUCAUUUCCCUAACGUUCUUGGCAAAGAUAUUUUCGACCUUUCAAUGUCAGAACUUCAAGAAUCAGAGGUUAUAUUUUCCGAUGAAUAUUAUACUAGGAACAACAACAAGAGUAGCAACGACGAAAGCAACAAAACAAAGACGACGGCGAUGGAGAAAAAGUCAUCUCCGGUGAGAAUUCCGUCGAGAAGUAUAUUCCGGCGUACGGAGGAGGAGGAGGAAGAAGAGGAGGGAGAGAUGACUCCGCCACAUAUAAUCAUCGGAAAACGAAGAAUGGAGGCACAAAUGGCGUUUUCCUUUUUUACCCUCAAAGGAAGAGAGUUGAGUCGUCACCGUAACUCCGUUCUUAGAAUGACCGGUUUUUUGGAAGUCUAAUUGAAAAUUUUUGCGGUUUAGUUUGGUUCGGUUUCAUAUCGUUUUUCUCAAUUCUUCCUUUGGGGUGUAUACAACAGCACAGAAAUGAAACAACGGAGAACGAUUUUUUC